GACGAGCUCACAAAUCAAAUGACCCACUGAACGAGGGCGAGAGUAAACGUGCGGAAGGAGAGACUACCAAUGCAGAGACUACUAAUUUCCUUUCGCCGUCGCAAUGGAGCUGUUUGAGGAGGCUUUAAUGUACCUACAAAAUGAGAAUGUUGCCGUCGGACCAGCAGGUUCAGACCUCUUGGAAGAAGUGUUUACAGAUGAUAGUUUUGAUCAGAGUCCCCUGGAGACAGGUCCCUUCACACUUCCAGAUGUAGGGACCAAAAGCACAUCUGAAUAUCUGCUGGAGAAAAGAUUGGUGGUCCUCAGAGGUAUACUGAAUAGUGAACAGCUUUACCUGAAUGAACUGGAAACACUGUUGAUGCCCAUGAAGGCCCUCAAAGCUACAGCAGGAACCUCCCAGCCGGUCUUGUCCUGCCAGGACAUCCAGACGGUGUUCUUCCAGGUGCCCGAGCUGCUGGCCCUCCACAGGGACUUCUACCAGAGCCUUAAGGCCAGGCUAGAGGGGGCCACAGAGCUGGGUGAGGGCCUGAGGAACGAGCAGCGCCAAGGGGUCUGCCGGAGCCUCAGUGCAGAGCAGGGCCUUGGGAACGAGCAGCGCCAAGGGGUCUGCCGGAGCCUCAGUACAGAGCAGGGCCUGGUGGUGGAGCAGUGCAAGGACCACUAUAAGUUGUCUGUGGGUGACCUCUUCCAGAAGUUGGUUAGCCAGUUAGCAACGUAUCGUGGCUUCAUCGAUAAUUAUGAAAGUGCUGUGGAGAUAGUGCGGAGCUGUACCCAGACUGAUGAGAGGUUUAGAAUACUUGCUGAGAGCAUGAAAUCAGGGAAAGGAUCUGACAACUCCCAGUCUGAAUACACAUUUGAAGCUCUUCUGUACAAGCCCCUGGACCGUGUGACCAAGACCACACUUGUACUACAUGACCUGCUGAGUCACACUCCUCCUGAUCACCAUGACAACCCCCUCCUCCAGGAAGCUCUUCGGAUCUCCAGUAGCUUCCUGGCUGGACUCAAUGAGACGUCCCAGUGCAAGAGAGCCGUCACACUGUCCAAGGGCAUGAGACGACAGCUGAUGCAUGACGGAUUUGUGGUGUGUGUGUGUGAGAAUGGGCGGAGCCUGCGACACCUCUUCCUAUACACAGACUUGCUACUGUGUGCCAAAUUAAAAACCGGGACAUUAGGGAGGCACUCUCAGUACAGGUACUGCUGGUACACGCCGCUGUUUGGGCUGAAGGUGCGCUGGGCAGGAGAGCAGGAGCACCCGCCGGAACUACAGCAGCGCAUCAGCUGCAUGAAGGCCAAGAUGUACCACCUCAGACAGACUCUAACACAACAAACGAAAAAAGGUUGCCAUUCCCGUUUUGUGGAUCGUAUUCACAGGAAGCUUCAGGAGUGUGAGCUUUGGCUACUCACACACUCACCAAACUUGCCUUUACAGUUACACAGCACCAGCGGCAAGAGUCACACUCUUCUGAUGUCUUCUCUGUAUAAGCUGGAGGAGUGGCGGGAGGCAAUGGACAGACUCAUAGGAGAGAACACAGAGACAGUUCCCCCAGAUCUGCUCACUCUCACCAACUCGUGUGUCAAGCUCAGAAUGACCCAGCAGCCACACCUAGAAAGCCUUCAGCCGCCUGAAAGUGCAGAGCUGUCUCUGUGUGGUACCCUCAGCGUAGUCGUCCACGCUGCCACUGGCCUGCAGCAACCAGCUUGUGUGUGCGUGCAUGUGGAGGUAGACGGCUUUGAGUUCUAUAGCAACAAAGCGCAGACUCACUCCUCAUUCAACAGCCUGGAACCUCAGUGGAACCAGGAGAUCUCCUUUCAGGUGGAUGGAGCAAAGAGUCUGAGGAUAGUGUGCGUGAUCCAGUCGGAAAACAGUGAAGAGGACCGGGUAGUAGGUCACGGCUCACUCAAACUUGACCCUGCUAUCACCAAAAAGUGGAAAAAACUGAACCUGCCAAUGGGCCAGCUGGACCUUACCCUGUCAAUCAAGUACUUGCCACACCCCCUGGACCCACCAAGCUCCACCUUCACCCAGCAAUUGCCAGUGUUCUGUGUUCCGAUUGAAGUAGUGUCUCAGCUGGAGGGUGUGCUGGUACCCCGUGUGGUGCGCUCCUGUGCUGAAGAGGUGGAGAGGAGGGGGCUGGAGGAGGAGGGCAUGUACAGAACCUCGGGCUCGGCCAAGGAAAUCCAGCUCCUCAAACACACAUUCGACACAAACUUGCGUGAGGCUGUGAAAUGUGUGAAGACUGCUGAGGUGAAUGUGGUGUCUGGGACUCUGAAGCUCUACUUCAGGGACCUGCCUGAACCUCUGGUCCCUGCAGAUCUUUACCACAGUCUAAAGAAUGCUCUAGAUCUUCCUGACUUGACCUCUAAACAAAACGCACUGCUGAACAUCCUGAGGUCGUGCCCCGAUGUCAACCGAAACACCCUCCUCUACCUCUUCCACCAUCUCAGGAAGGUGGCGGGGAGGGUGGAGGUGAAUAAGAUGUCCGUGAUGAAUCUGGCCACGGUGUUUGGUCCGAGCCUCUUGCGCCCCCCUGUGGCUCGAGUGGACAUCUCAGAGGAGGUGGUGGUGCAGGUGCAAGUGGUAUAUUUUUACCUGAAGUGUGAAAACCUGCCCACUCCUCUCACCUGUCUACCAUUCGACACAGAGGACGAGCAGGAAACCAUCAUGUAAACUACAUUUCACAGAAUCCUUUGAGGUGGGAGUUGAAUGAAACCAUCAUGUAAACUACGUUUCACAGAAUCCUUUGAGGUGGGAGUUGAAUGAAACCAUCAUGUAAACUACAUUUCACAGAAUUCUUUGAGGUGGUAGUUGAAUGUUAUGUUGUUAAGGCCGACUCGUGUGACCGCAACAUAAAAUAUUGGAGGCAGACGACAAACUUUUUCUUACUAAAUGACGGGUAUUUAUUAAGUCCAUACAAGGUAUGAAGCAAAAGAAAACGCGUCUAGGGGGUUUGAUGUCUGUAUGUUGAGAGAGAGAGACAGGUGUCCACAGGUCCAUUUCUGUGAAAUGUAGUUUACAUGAUGGUAUCCCCCACACCUCCCCAGGUGUGGGUAAUCAGUCAAUCAACCAUAGCUCGUCAUCCCCACUGUUGCCUGCAGGCCAUGCAUGGCCACUACACCGUCUGCAGGGGCGCAGGGGGUCCUAACAUAAUGUCAUGUAUAGUACCUGUAAUUAUUGUUAACCAACCCAUAAUAGGCCAGAGUUAGUUAAGACUAAGACUUUAUUUCUGUAAGCCUACAAUGUCUUUUGUAAAUUUGUUAUUAAAUGUGUUCAUGACAUUAA